AUGAAGAGAAAAGUGAUGACAGUUGGUGCCCUUGCCUCUUUUCGCAAGAAUUUGCCAUCCUCAGAUUCAGACAGUGAAUCUUCUGAAGACUCUUCUCAGCAGGAAAAAGAUGUUGCCCCACCUGUUGCAUCACCUGAGCCAGCAUCCAUCCCAGAUGAACUUGAAGACUCAAAAGAAGAGGAAUCCUCUGAGGAAGAAGAGCUAGACUUGGAUGGGAAGGAUCUGUCAACUCAUUUUGAGUUUGUAAAACUCUGUUUGGCAAUCGUUUUAAAUCCUUCUCUCAACUACUCCAUUCUGCUUUCUCAAAAUUUGGGUCAAGAUGAAUCAAAAUAUCUUCACACCCCACUUGCUUACUCACUCCCUAGUUCAGAUCACCUAUCAUCAUGGUGGAAAUACUUCAGAGAGAUCUUUCUGAUCAAAAAGGGGGAGAAAAAGCUAGUCAUGAAGAUUGAAGCAGGGACUUCUCAUCCUUUGGAUGCCAGAGGCAGGGAGCAAGGAGUCAAUGAAAAAGGAGCAAGGAAUGAGGGCGAAGCUCAAGGAGCAGAGGAAAGCAGUGGAUCCAGUACUAGUGAUGAAGGAACAACAACUGAUAUUGAGGAGACUUUGGAUUACACUAUUGUGUUAUUUGCUAUGUUGGACAAGUUCACAAGUCUUUACUUGUGA